UCACUCGGAAAAGUUGGAAAACCAUUUCCGAGUUUUACCGUUUUAUUUUUCAUCUCUACCCUUCGCCAGUUUGCCGACGCCGUACGCCGUAGAUCACCACCUCCCUCCAUGGCGUCGUCACCACCACCUCCACCUCGUCCCCUCCGUUCCCUCCGCUAGACCUUACCGGCCAGAAACCCCCAAGCCCCUGAACCCCAAUGGCGGUCGCGGCACCAACAGGCAUCGUUGCCGCGUCCUUCCCCUUCCGCCGCGGGCGCCGCAGCCUGAUUUCCUCCUCCCACUUCUCUCCGCACUCGGUCUUCUCGCCUCCCCGCGUCGCGCUCCUCGCCGCGCGCUCAAUACGAUUUUGGGCAUUAGUCAGCUUGAUGGGUUUGACCAGGUGAAGAUGGUCUACAAGAAGAGGCGAAAGGAUGCGGAGAGAAGCCACAGCACGGAGUACCUUAUGAAGUUGGAGAGGGCAUACGAUAUGGUAAUGAUGGAGCAGUUGCUGAACCAGAAGAAAGGGUGGCAUAUGGGUCAGUCCAGAUACUCGAGAUCCGCUACAAAGGACAUGCGCAUAAAUAUUGCAAUAUCAGCAGCAUUUAUCAUGUGUAUAUCUACCAUGGGCCAUGCAGACUGGAAACCCUUACGAUUCCUCUGUUUUGCUUAUUUCUACAUAAUACUGGAGAAGCUGAAAGCUACUGAGCCAGCUAUCACUCCCAUAUAUAAUGAGUAUGGUGAGGUCGAAGGUCGGGGUAUACAUAUGGCAAAACGAGUUCUCCGCAGUUUGGGUUUGGUGCUUGAAUCAAUACUUGCCGCAUCCAUGGGCUAUACAGGACUUGCCAAUUUAUCUCAGUUUCUUGGGCACUAUAUUCCAUCUGUUGUUUAUAAUUUCCAGGAGUUGAUUGUGACUACAUCUUCGUCUGUACUGCUUUGCAUCUUAGCUUCGUACUAUCGAUAGCAAUUCGUGCUGGACUGCCCCCUGGCUUUGAAGUCGUGGACUCUUGGUGCAUUGCCAACCAACCAUCGUUGGAAAAGGACAUGCUCCAUAUCUGACACCUGCCAUCUUCCCUAGAUCUGGAAAAUUUGCACAACAGCAGAUCAAAUGUUGCUAUCCAAUGAUUGGGAAUGAAUCAUGGGUUCAUGCUACGAGAGACGGAUAUGUACUAAUAUACUCCCUCCGUUUUCAAAUAACUGACAUCUUUGACCAACAUAUUUGUUUUCAAAUACUUGUCAUCACAUGCUUUUUAAUACACAUUUUCCAAUUUUGCCCCUCCAUCCCACAAACCAAGUACAGCAGCUACCCCCUCCAGAUAUUUCUAUUUCUAGGUGUGCUCUUGUCAAGCUGCAUGUAAUCAAAGCUAAAGUGCCAAAAUUGCAUAGAAAAAUAGCAUUGAUGACAAAAGGUUACACCUAUCUCUAAGUUCAGUUUUUAUGAAACAAUUUUCUUGGAAUGUUGUAAUAAAAGUAUAGUGAUAUCUGUAUGUUUUGAUACUCUCAUAUAUAUGUCAGCUUUUCAAAUGCAAUGAGAUCAGGCUAAUUUUCAAUGCAAAGGACUACAUUGGUCAAAGGCAAA